AUGGACGUCGAGCAAGAAAUCAUCCCAUAUUCAUGUAACGGAGGUAAGCAAGUUGCCCUGGAUUUUGCUGAUCAGCUUCCCUCCGGAUAUCGAUUCUGUCCCACGGAUUCAGAGCUCAUUGUAGACUGCCUGAACGCCAAGAUUGAAUCAAGAGAGCCCCCCAAGUGCCGGUUACACGAGGUCAAUAUUUACAACCACAGGCCUGAAGAACUCGCAGAACAUUAUCGGUCCCAUGAGAACAAGUGGUAUUUUCUGACUUCUCGGGAUCGAAAGUACCCAAAAGGAAAUCGACCUGAUAGAGCAGUACUCGGAAAACUUGGGACCUGGAGGACUACUCAAAAACAUAAGCCGGUGUAUGAUGCCACGUCUGGACAAAUGGUUGGCCACAAGGGAAGUCUUGCGUAUUUUGAGAAUGACAUCAAAACUAUGUGGCUAAUGCAUGAAUAUACAAUCAAUGGACCCAAUCUUCCUUUUGAAAACGGAGACAAGUUGAACGAAUGGGUGCUGUGCAAGAUUUACAAGAAGGUGCAAACUCGUAAAAGACGUCGAGGUAAGGAGGCGAUGGAAGAACCCAUAUCUUUGCCCAAGAGACGACGAGUAUCAGAAAACAAGGAAAUCAAUUUUUCAAAUGAUCACCACCCCGAACAAGUUGACGUUCAAGAAACUAAUCAUUAUUCGGAUACCUGCUGUGUUCAGAUGGUGGCACCUGUCCACGAGUUUGAUAUGAGAGGACAGCUAACACCUCCUCCGAUGGGGUCGACUGGUCACACAUGGGUUAACAAUGGCGACAUCAGAAUGAACUCCAUCCCCUAUCCCGUUCCAAUGCAACAGCAACCGACGACUAGUACUGUUCAAGGUCGUAGUUGUCUAAUACAAGCACCACCACCAUGCUAUCAGAAUCAGUUUACUUCCAACGCAAGCAACGGUUGUCAAAGUUCAUAUAGUACUGCUUCAAUUUCUGUUUCUAUUGAACCACCUGCCUCCUCCGCACAACCACAUGAUGACGAUAGUGCCUACACAAGGAAUACUACUGACCAUGGUUUGAAUUCCAUACAACCAGUGCAAAACAGAGAGACAUGUUAUGAUCAGACGAAUAUGGUUUCAUCGAGUACUGCCUGCAACGGUUUUAUGUUUUCAAAUGGUGUUUCGAAUUCUUCUUCUAUGCAACCACUAUGUGAUAACAGUGGCUGCACAGUACCGGUCUUGGUUCAAAAUUCUAAUGAAGAUGUGCCAACCCUACUCGACGUGCAAAAUGCUUGGGAUCAAGGUGAUGCUGCUGACAGUUUUCAAUUUCCUGAUGAUGGUUACGAGGCAAUGAUAAGUGCCCAUGUUGAAGGUGGAUGGAGCUUGGAAAGUCUGGAAAGGUUUUUAAAUCAAUCCAAGGUGGUGCCUCAAGAUGAUGCUUCUGAAGAUUUUCAUUUUCCUGAUGAGGCAACGAUAUCCGCCCCAGUAGAAGGUGAAUGGAGCUUGGAAAGUCUGCAAAGGUAUUUAAAUCAAUCAAUGGUGGUGCCUCGAGGCGAUGCUUCUGAAGAUUUUCAUUUUCCUGAUAGUGAUAGUGAUAGUGAUAGUUACAAGGCAACCAUAUCCGCUCCUGUUGAACUUGAAUGGGACUUGGAGAUUCUGGAGAGUCACCUAGAUAAUGUAAAUACUACUCCGUCUUAG